GAGGUCGGUCUAUGGACAUACAUACAAACACACACACCAUGCUGGCUCUAUCUAGUAGGCUGAUCCUCCGGGGCUGCCGGGCCGGUACCGGCUCACUCACUGUAUGGAGAGCCUGCAGCUCCUCCGAGGACUCUGCCAAGGGGAACCCGCUGGUCUACCUGGAUGUGACGGCGGAUAACAAGCCUCUGGGGCGGAUCGUGCUGGAGUUGAGAAAUGAUGUGGUGCCAAAAACUGCAGAAAAUUUCCGAUUGUUAUGCACUGGAGAGAAGGGCUUUGGUUAUAAAGGAUCCACCUUCCACAGAAUAAUUCCUGAUUUCAUGUGCCAGGGUGGAGAUUUUACGAAUCACAACGGAACUGGGGGGAAGUCCAUUUAUGGAAGUCGCUUCCCUGAUGAAAACUUCUUACUAAAACAUACAGGGCCAGGUGUCCUCUCAAUGGCUAAUGCAGGAUCAAACACGAAUGGUUCCCAGUUCUUUCUCUGCACGGCAAAAACUGAAUGGCUGGACGGGAAGCACGUAGUAUUUGGCUAUGUGAAAGAGGGCUACGAUGUGGUGAAGAAAAUUGAAGGAUGUGGACAAAAGAGUGGUCGCCCCACAAAAAAGAUUGUGAUUGCAGAUUGUGGAGAACUUUCCUGAUCCUCUCCCCUUUUUUUUGUUUUUUGUUUUUUUUUCUAAAUGUGUCUUGCAGCUGUGAAUUUCCUGUCCACGUCUGAGCAAGCAGAAUGUAAUGUUCAGGGACCGCGAAAUGUGAUUUCUGCUCUCAGCCAUAAAUUAACCCAUUUAAAGCUAAAAGGGGGGGGGGGGGGGGGACUAACCUUGGUACUACAUGGUUUACCUCUUCCAUUAAAUGACUUUGCUCAUUGUUUGCAAACCUAAAAUGAUGGCAACCAACACUGAUUAAGACUACUGGGAUGUCUGAUAUUUUUACACUGGAUAAGUGUGGCUUUGCUUGCAUUUUGAUUUGAUGGCUUUUUUCCCAAAAUGUUUGACAAGCUGGAUGGCAUCAAUUGCAUAGAAAUGUUCCUUUUUUAAUGUGUAAGACAAAAAGUAGUAACUUUCCCUUACUGGAUGAUGAACACCAAAACUGUCAUACCGUGUUUAAUGCUUGUGAUCAGCUGUAAUGAGUUGAACAUUAUCAAAGUGUUUUUGAAUGCGUAAUAUGAAUGGGUGUACAUUGGGGUACUAGGCCAGGCACUAAAUCUGUGCAGAAGCAUAACUUUAGAGGAGUUUUCAAUUUAACUCUGCUGGAAAAAUCUUCUUGUGUAGAUGUCCGGAGGGGUCACACUUACGUUUUCUUUGAUAAUUUGUGAGCCUUAACCUUGUGAGAAAUCAGCCCCUAUCUGUGUUGGUCUGUCCAACCAUAAGCCGGCUGUUUGACCAGCUUCUAUCGGACGUGCAUGCUGGAAAACCAGCAGCCUGCCGACUCAGCACUCUCAGCUAAUGGUAGAGAGAGCUGGUCGGGAGUGGGGGAUCGCUAUACUAACUUUGCAUAGUUAGUAUAGGGGCUCCGACAGGAGCUGACAGUUUUCAUUUAACACACUGGGUUGAACUGGAAAAAAACAAAUAGUGUGUACCCGGGUUUAGAGCUCAGCUCGGACUGACAAGUAACUCAAUCUUACCUAAUCAGAUAUAAGGGCAGCCAUGCACAAGCCAAUUAAAAACAAGCAAUGGAACCCUUUUUACCAUGACUUACAAUUUUGAGUAUGGUGCCCCCAAGGCACCAUAUAGUUUGAAGCAA